AUGGAAAUAAUGAAUGACAGUAGGGAUAAUGAUUCAGACGACGAGUCAUUGACUAUCGACAGCGACGAAGAUCUUGUAGAUGAGUCGAAUGAGGAAAACGUUGCGACGGAAAACCAUCGUUUAUGGUCUGCGGUUUCUUUACGAAAAGAGCAUGCCGCGUACUCUAGUAUGUCUGGUCUUAUUAAUUCUUCAGAUUAUGGCGGACCGGAGACAGAAGAAGAUCUUGGAAUCAACAUGGAAAACAGAAAUACACAACGGAAGACAGACACGGACAUACGGAUUCUUAUAGCCUAUCUCCGGUCCCUGAAUGACUCCCGACCACCGGAGACGAUACCACCAAUUGAACUCGACAGGUAUCUAUCUAACUUCUUCACAAUUGUAAAGAAACACGAUGGAAAUGAGUACGAGCCAGCAAGUCUCAGGGGCAUGCUUUGUAGUGUGGAGCGGUACCUUAAGAUGAAGAGUUACCAGGCCUCAGUCACCCGUGAUAUUGUUUUUGUUAAUACACGACACGCUCUAAAAUAUAAGCAGCAAAGGUUACGAGAGCUUGGAAAAGGCAGCAAAAAACCUAACGAACCCUUCGGUAAAGUGACUUUAGACAAAGUCAAUCAGCUGUUUACCGCGCGCGAGAUGGGACCAUACACACCAAUGUCUAUCAUUAACAGUAUGUGUUUUAUGUUCAUCGUCCACUUCCGGUUGCGAAAGGCAAUCGACCACAAGAAUUUAGUCUGGGGAGACAUCAAACUUCGGGCGGAUCAGAGUGGGAAGGAGUAUAUUCUAUAUGAGCCUAUCCUUAAUCGUGGUCAGCUCGAUGGCAACAUCACCACCCCAAACACACCGGCAACCACCGCAGGUACCACAAGCCCGACAAACAAACCUGAGCAAUGCCGUUCGUCGUACACGAAGCUGUGUAUAUGGGCUCAGCCAGAGGUACCUGAGCGAGAUCCUGUUGGAAUCUACAAACUUUACAGUCAAAAACGACCUCCAAACAUGCAACACGACAAUUCGCCAUUUUAUCUUGGUAUUACAACCCUCCAUCCAUCCCCCGUGCAAGCAUGGUAUCGGACAUGCGCCAUGGGUGUCAAUAAACUUAGCGAUCUUGUCCGUAUGAUCCGUGAUAUCACAGGUCUCCCCCGGGCAGCACUCAAUCCUCCGGCUGAGUCCCUUCUGUCGGAGAGCUACACAACCAACCUUCCCUCCUCGUCCGUCUCUCCUACAUCAUACACUACACUCAAUCGCAUGGGACACUCACCAGAAGCUGACAAAAACAUCUGCACCUUUAUGUCUAUUCCUCAUUCCGCUAGAGAAUCUCCAAAAAUCGACAGCGGGAAGAACACGCCAGUGUAUAAUUCAAGUGUGGACAGGAUUAAGGAGGAGCCGAGAGAUACUGUGGCUGGACAACCAACGGGUACUGCUAUACCUGACAACUGGUCUCGGGAUGAGGCGGAGAACUUGAAGGUGCAACGAUUACAGCUUCCCGUCCAACAAUCCACUAUUCUCUCCCGGAGCAGUUCCUCGUGUAGUGACACACGAUCUCCCCAGUCGUCCGCUAAUACCAGUACACAGGAUGAUUCGCCGCUGAAUGUCUCCGCCAUGGCAGUUAUCCAAAGCGCCCAGAACAAGUUCCGGGAAAUGCUACAGUCGUUAGACCCCGAAAGUUUCACUGGAUUUGAAGGGUGGCUGAAACGGAUUCAGAUAUCCCGGGACCCCAACACAGGUGAAAUUAAGUGCGAAGAAUCUAAAGAUGGAGAUAUCUCAAAUAAAUCAGUCACAGAUGACAUCACACUGAUUGACCAUUCCGCGGCCAGCAUUACACUCAACAUCACAUUGUCGCCUGGAGCCAUGUCCGGUGAAGGUCCGGUAACGGUGACCGCCUCUACAGUCCCCCGAAAAAUCUCAACCGUGGCACCACCUCAGAAGAGUACUAUUAUAAAGACUAAUGUGGUGGAACCGUUGGACAUGCCACAUUCAGGCCGUUCGACCGUUCAAGCCAACAUGGUGGAAAACCCAAAUACAACCAACCUGUCACCGACGUCUGGAGAAAAAAGAAUAUGGCCGUGUCCAUCAAAUAAACGGAAGCGUUAUGCCUCCAGUGACUCGAUUUAUGGACAAUCUGGCAAGUUUAACAAACUAUCCAAUGGAUUUGCAACCGGUAGUAAUCCAGGUAAUGACAGUCGAGAAGUCAACGACGACACCGAAAGUUCACCAUAUAGUCACCAAACCAAGAACUAUGAAACCGACUGCAAUAUUGUUGGUACUAGCUAUCAACAUCAAAGCAAUGACAAUAUCCGAAACACUAAUCCUGUAAUUACACCCACCGACAGUGAGAAUCCGAGGCGUCCUUCAUCGCCUUCCUCUGACAGCGGACAUGUCGGUUCUCAAACCGUGUCCAGGAGUAGGGGACGAUGCCCUGUCUGUAUUCAAACCUUGCUUGACUACUUCCGGUGUAUCGGCAACCGCCGUUGGUGGAACUCAAAUGGCGACCCCAUCUAUUCCACAGGCACAUACGUCCCUCGCCCAGCGCCUAGGCUGUAA